AUGACUCAGUUGGUCGGCAAGACCCCCAUGGUGUAUUUGAACAAGGUGACGGAAGGAUGUGUGGCCAACAUUGCGGCCAAGCUGGAGAUUAUGGAGCCCUGCUGCAGCGUCAAGGAUCGUAUCGCCGUGAGCAUGAUCACAGACGCGGAAGAGAAGGGCCUCAUUACUCCAGGCAAGAGUGUGCUGGUGGAGCCGACGAGUGGCAACACGGGCAUCGGUCUCGCCUUCGUGGCGGCAGCGAGGGGUUACAAGCUCACCCUCACCAUGCCCGCCUCCAUGAGCCUCGAGCGCCGCGUGCUGCUGCGCGCAUUCGGAGCGGAUCUGGUUCUGACAGACCCCGCCAAGGGCAUGAAGGGCGCGAUCCAGAAGGCGGAGGAGAUUGUUGCGAGUACUGAAGGCGCUUACAUGCUGCAGCAGUUUGAAAACCCGGCGAACCCCAAGGUGCACUUUGAGACGACGGGCCCGGAGAUCUGGGAGGGCUCGAACGGCCAUGUUGAUAUUCUGGUGUCUGGGAUCGGCACGGGCGGCACCGUCACAGGCGCUGGGAGGUUCCUGCGGAGCAAGAACCCGGAUGUGAAGCUUGUGGGAGUGGAGCCCAAGGAAAGCCCUGUCAUCUCAGGUGGAAAGCCAGGCCCACACAAGAUCCAGGGCAUAGGUGCGGGUUUUGUGCCUGGAGUGCUGGACGUGGGGCUGCUCAGCGAAGUGGUGCAGGUGUCCAGUGACGAAGCAGUGGAGAUGGCAAAGCAGCUCGCGCAGAAGGAAGGGCUGCUGGUGGGAAUUUCAUCCGGGGCAGCAGUCGUGGCAGCGAUUGAAGUGGCCAAACGGCCGGAGAACGCUGGGAAGCUCAUUGUGGUGGUGCUGCCAAGCUUUGGUGAGCGGUACCUUUCCUCGGUCCUCUUCUCCUCUCUCCGCGACGAGGCGCUGGCCAUGCAGCAUGCAUAA